AUGUACAGGGAUCAAGGAGGGUCCUCAAAGUCGGAAAUUGGCCCAUUUGAUCGGAAGCGAAUUAAUGAUGCUCUGGAUAGGCAGCUGGAGAAAUCGGCGUCGUCAUAUUCCAAAGGGAUGAACGGCAAGGACAAGGAAAGAUUCUUGGUGCCAUCCACCUCUGUGGGAAAGCAACCCGACCUACGUUUUCUGUCGAAGAACAAGCCCCUUGAUAGUAAGUUUAUGAUUCUUGCUACACUAUUUGCGCAUCACUGCAUUGAGCAUUGGGGGCCAUAUAGAACCAUCCUGCUUGAUGAUUAGGAUUAUUUUCUAUGUUUUUUUUUUCCUGAACACAUUUGGUUUGACGUAGUCAGUUGGACUAUUAUUGAAGUGUGUGCUUCUUGUUCUUCAAGAAAGAUUGUACCUUUUCCCCUGUUCUCCAAGCUGGAAUAUCCAUCUCCUACAGACUCUAAAUCGAUAUGUUCUUGACGAAAUGGAUUUCAUGAAGAAAUAAGUCAGUAUCUUUUUUGACGAGUUUUUGGUUAAUCAAUAUCUUUUAUAAGCAAGCUUGUGAAAUUCUCAAAAUUUAAGACCACUCAGAUGUAUGGAGUGGCCCGCUCAUCCUUUUUAUUCGGCCUCACUAAAUCGGAAAAUUACAGGAAAAAUAGGUAGAAGAAAGUCGUAUUUCUUGCUUAUUUUUCGACCUCUUCUUCCUAUUCAUCCCUCAACAGUCUUAUUUCCUUCUUGAAAUAUGUUAAUCGGUUUAUUUUGAACGAUUAUCUGACAUCCUUCCUAGUUGUAGAUUCGUUUUGCUUCUAUCCACUUGAUAACAUAUCUACCAGCUACUCUAGCCAUAAUAGUGUUGGUGAAUGGGCCAGAAAUAUGUUGGGCUUAAAGUCUCUCAUCAUCACCUCUAGACUAAAAUGGUGAUGAGAGAUCCGAGCGAAGCUUUCUGGUACUCUUGUCAUGCCGACAUUUUUUAUCUUUAUGGCUGAGUGAAGAGGAGCUUUUAGUUGGUGUUUUGUGUUAAUGUUUCUCAUAGUUGAUCUCCUAUAAAGUAUGUACUGCCGCUGGAGUGUUAUUCCAGGACUGUUAUUUUUGACCAACGACGCAGAUGAACUUUUGAAGGGACGAACAAUCGCAUGCAGAAAGAACACAGCUCAGUCAAUGCGGGUUUCUUUAAAAGUUUUAAAUAAUGACUUGCAAUGAGAAAAAUCUAUCAGGGUUUUGUUUUCAGUGAAUGCAACUUGUUUAAAUAAUGGCCGAUCAUAUGGGUCUUUUGAAGGAAACUUCAGUACUUCUCAUUUAUUUAUGUAUUCAUUUUAAGGGUAUCUUCUGGGUCAUUUGAAAUCCAUAUUUGUUUCAAUGGGACGUUAGCAUGCUUUUUGUAUUUCAAAAUAUGACUUUUAGUGAUAUAAUUGAAUUUUGAUUCAUUGACGGAUGCCUCUGAUGAUGAUGAUGAUGCCAACGAGGGUUCCUGAUCAGCUUUUUUUUUUCCUGAUUUUCAUUGCAGAAGAAUAUGAAACAGACAGUGAAGAAUCAGAUGUUAGUGGCUCUGAUGGUGAAGAUACUUCAUGGAUCUCAUGGUUUUGCAGUUUGAGAGGGAAUGAAUUUUUCUGUGAGGUUGAUGACGAGUACAUUCAGGAUGACUUCAACCUCUGUGGGUUAAGCAGCCAAGUUCCUUACUAUGAUUAUGCUCUUGAUCUGAUUUUGGAUGUAGAAUCUUCUCACGGUAAGAAUUUUCAGGCAACUCCUCAUAAGAUCAUUCAUGAGAUGUAUGGUGAAAUAUGAUAGGAAUGUAUUACAGUUGCUUAACCUUCACUUUUCCAUUACGUUGAACGCUUUUAAAAAAUAUCUUAAUACUUGUGUAGUAAAAUUAAUAGUUGGAUCAGGAACGAUGCAUCUUUUACAUGUGGACAUGAAGCGAGCUUUAGGCACUUAGGGCGUCGUAUUGCAUUAUUCUCCUUCGAUGCCGGUGUUCUUUGCAUGUGAAUGGCUGUUUUUAUUUAAAUUUAUGGUGUUGAAAUUGUUGUUCUAUACUUCCAUUUGUAGUUAGUGUGGUGUUACCUCGAUUAUAAAAAGAUGCUUCAUUCGGAAGUAAUGUGCUCCUGUUUCGUUAUAAAUUAUCCUUGUUCCGUUUGCAUCUAAUCCAUCUUAUUAUUCGAACAAAUCAGGUGAUAUGUUCACCGAGGAACAGAAUGAAUUGGUUGAAUCAGCUGCAGAGAUGCUGUAUGGUCUUAUCCAUGUCCGCUACAUACUGACGAACAAAGGGAUGGCUGCCAUGGUGAAUCUUCUGCAUCCAGCAAUAUUCAUCACUGCUGCUAUAUUUUUUUUCUCUGCUAAGAACGGUUUUAGUUUCGUCUGUGAAACUCUGCAGCUUGAGAAAUUCAAAAGCUAUGACUUUGGGAGGUGCCCAAGAGUUUACUGCUGCGGGCAGCCUUGUCUUCCCGUUGGCCAAUCAGACAUCCCCCGAUCAAGCACGGUGAAGAUCUACUGCCCGAAAUGCGACGACAUUUAUUACCCAAGAUCAAAAUACCAAGGCAGUAUCCUUAAAUGAUUCCAUCUUCGCUCAAUUUAGCUUUCUGAUUCUAGGUCAUAGGCUCACUCCUACCCAUUGUUUUCUCAGGUUGGGCAGAGAUUUUCUUACAAAGACAUAAAUUGCUUUUUAUAUUAUAAUUGGUAGGGUUUUCUACCGGUUCAUUUGUGAGAAUGAAGUUGAUCCAUGACUAUUAGGUGGCCGAUUAUUUAAAUGUCAUACAAUAUUAACCCAAUAUAUGCAGUCACGCUGGAAAACCAGGACAAUAUUCGUACAUAAUUCCAUCUUCCUUUCAUUUAAGUUUCUGGUUCUAGACCCUUGGCAUAAUCCUACCUAUAGUUUUCUGAAGCUGAGUUCCUUGGGAAGUUGAGUGGCCAUUUUGGAAGUUCAUUUAUGAGAAUGAAAUUCAUUAAAAAAGGCUAUUAAUCUUCUUUCAUGUGUGCAGUGGUAGCCUUAAUUUUGGACCAUUUGAAGUCAAUGUCUGCCAAUAACCUGUUUCCUUGCUGAUUUUCUGCCACUGCUCGAGAUAUUAUGGCCCAAAUUUUGUAUUUCAUUGAGAAAAUAAAUCUCUUGACUCGUCUGAAGAUUUGGAUGGAGCUUACAUCGGUACGACUUUCCCUCACCUAUUCCUGAUGACCUAUGGCCACCUGAAGCCGCAGAAACCACCGCAGAAUUAUGUGCCGAGGGUCUUCGGCUUCAAGGUCCACAAGCACUGA